AUGGCGAGCCUCCUGCGUGUUGUGGCGGUCAGCUGCUCGGGCUCUGUGUUCAGUGGAGUUUCCUGUGUGAAGGUGCAGAGCGGACGUCUUAUCAAACCGUCAUCCGUGCGCUGCUUUAGGACCCAGCAGUCUCUCUGGCGAAGUGCUACUCCAGGUAUUCCGUACAAACAGCUGACGGUUGGCGUUCCCAAAGAAAUCUUCCAGAAUGAGCGCCGUGUUGCGCUCUCUCCCGCUGGUGUCCAGGCUCUUAUCAAGCAGGGCUUCAACGUGGUGGUGGAGUCUGGAGCUGGAGAGCCUUCCAAAUUCCCAGAUGAACUCUACACUCAGGCCGGAGCGACAAUUAAAGACAUAAAAGAUGUCAUGUCCUCUGAUUUAUUGGUUAAGGUCCGUGCCCCCACGUUUAACCCUGCACUGGGCGUUCACGAGGUGGAGAUGAUGAAGGAAGCAGCCACUUUGCUCAGCUUCAUCUAUCCGGCCCAAAACCCGGAGCUGAUGAGCAUGCUGUCCCAGAAGCAAGCCACCGUUCUGGCCAUGGACCAAGUUCCCAGAGUGACCAUCGCACAGGGCUAUGAUGCUCUGAGCUCCAUGGCAAACAUUGCAGGGUACAAGGCAGUUUUGCUGGCGGCUAACAACUUUGGACGUUUCUUCACGGGUCAGAUCACCGCAGCUGGAAAAGUUCCACCCGCCAAGGUGCUGAUUAUUGGAGGAGGUGUGGCCGGGUUGGCGGCAGCUGGUACUGCCAGAGCCAUGGGAGCCAUCGUCAGAGGGUUUGACACAAGAGCUGCAGCUUUGGAGCAGUUUAAAUCUUUGGGUGCAGAGCCGCUGGAGGUGGACGUUAAGGAGUCUGGGGAAGGCCAGGGAGGCUACGCCAAGGAAAUGUCCAAGGAGUUCAUAGAGGCAGAGAUGAAGCUGUUUGCCAAACAGUGUCAGGAGGUGGACAUACUCAUCAGCACGGCUCUUAUCCCAGGUAGGCGAGCUCCCAUUCUGAUCACCAAACCGAUGGUGGAGAGCAUGAAGGACGGCUCAGUGGUCGUGGACUUGGCUGCUGAGGCUGGUGGAAACAUAGAGACCACCAUACCUGGAGAACUGUCAGUACACAAGGGGGUGACUCACGUCGGCUACACAGACCUGCCCAGCCGUUUGCCAACGCAAUCCAGCACGCUGUACUCCAACAACAUCACCAAGCUGCUGCGUGCAAUCAGCCCAGACAAGGACAACUUUUACUUGGAUGUCAAAGAUGUGUUUGACUAUGGAACCAUGGAUCAUGUUGUCAGAGGAUCUAUUGUCAUGCAGAAUGGAAAGAACCUGUUCCCUGCUCCUCAGCCCAACAACCUGCCGACAGCAGCUCCUCCAAAACCCAAGUCCGUUCAGGAACUGCAAGCAGAGAAGGCGGCGCAAAUCUCCCCCUUCAGAGCUACUCUUACCACCGCUGGCAUGUACACUGGAGGUGCUGCCACCAUCAUGGCGUUGGGCCUGUCAGCUCCUAAUGCCGCAUUCACUCAGAUGGUCACCACUUUUGGUCUGGCUGGCAUUGUGGGAUACCACACAGUGUGGGGAGUCACUCCUGCCCUGCACUCUCCCCUCAUGUCUGUCACUAAUGCCAUCUCAGGUCUGACGGCUGUGGGUGGUCUGGCCCUGAUGGGUGGCGGCUACUUGCCAACUUCCACCGCUGAGACACUGGCCGUGCUCGCCGCAUUUAUCUCUUCGGUCAACAUUGCGGGUGGGUUCUUGGUGACCCAGAGAAUGCUGGACAUGUUCAAGCGUCCCACUGAUCCUCCAGAGUACAAUUACCUGUACCUGCUUCCGGCAGGGGUUUUUGUUGGGGGCUACGCUGGUGCUCUGCAGUCAGGAUACAACAUUGAACAGAUGAUGUACUUGGGCUCAGGUCUGUGCUGCGUCGGCGCCUUGGCCGGCCUUUCCAAUCAAGGCACAGCCCGGCUGGGUAACACCCUCGGCAUGAUUGGGGUCGCGGGGGGCUUGGCUGCCACGCUGGGGGCCCUGAAGCCCAGCCCUGAGCUCCUGGCUCAGAUGAGCGCAGCCAUGGCUGUGGGUGGUACUGCUGGCUUGACCAUUGCUAAGAAGAUCCAGAUCUCUGACCUCCCUCAGCUUGUGGCGGCUUUUCACAGCUUGGUUGGGCUGGCUGCCGUUCUCACCUGCGUGGCUGAAUAUAUGAUUGAGUACCCCCACUUUGCCACUGACCCAGCAGCCAACUUGACCAAAAUAGUUGCUUACCUUGGAACCUACAUCGGUGGAAUCACUUUCAGCGGCUCUCUGGUGGCUUACGGGAAACUUCAAGGUCUUCUGAACAGCUCUCCUCUAUUGCUUCCUGGCCGCCAUGCCCUCAAUGCCUCCCUCAUGGCCGGCAGUGUUGGUGGAAUGAUUCCAUACAUGCUGGAUCCAAGUUUCACCACAGGCAUCACCUGUCUGGGAUCCGUGUCUGCUCUUUCUGCUGUCAUGGGUGUAACUUUGACAGCAGCUAUUGGAGGAGCCGACAUGCCGGUGGUCAUCACGGUUCUGAACAGCUACUCUGGCUGGGCCCUGUGUGCUGAAGGCUUCCUGCUCAAUAACAACCUGCUGACCAUCGUCGGAGCUCUGAUUGGGUCAUCGGGAGCCAUCCUGUCGUACAUCAUGUGUGUGGCUAUGAAUCGUUCACUGGCCAACGUGAUCCUGGGAGGUUAUGGCACAUCCUCCACCGGUACAGGAAAGCCCAUGGAGAUCACAGGGACCCACACAGAGGUCAACGUGGAUCAGACUGUCGACAUGAUUAAAGAGGCCCAGAACAUAAUCAUCACUCCAGGUUACGGACUCUGUGCAGCGAAGGCCCAGUACCCCAUAGCCGAGCUGGUGAAGAUGCUCAAAGAUGCUGGCAAGAACGUCAGGUUUGGUAUUCACCCAGUGGCCGGCCGCAUGCCUGGUCAGCUCAACGUGCUGCUGGCUGAAGCAGGCGUCCCUUAUGACAUUGUGCUGGAAAUGGAAGAGAUUAAUGAGGACUUCCCCGAGACGGAUCUGGUUCUUGUGAUCGGUGCCAACGACACGGUGAACUCCGCCGCCCAGGAGGACCCCAACUCCAUCAUCGCCGGCAUGCCGGUGCUGGAGGUCUGGAAGUCUAAGCAGGUGGUUGUGAUGAAGCGCUCUCUGGGCGUGGGAUACGCAGCUGUCGACAACCCUAUUUUCUACAAGCCCAACACAGCCAUGUUGCUAGGCGAUGCCAAGAAGACGUGCGACGCCCUGCAAGCAAAGGUCCGCGAAACUCAGAACCAGUAAGGCGAGCAUUCGGAAGGAUGCGGCGAGCAAAGCACCCAGAAGAGAUGACCUUUCCCACCCACCCCCCCUAAAAGUACUCCAGUGUGAACAUCAUCUCUGCCCACUCGUGAGCUGAUCCAAAGAUGAUGAAGCGAGACAAAAAGGUUGCAGGCGAACCUUCCUUCCUGUGAUCUAAAAAUAAAAGGAGGUUUGUGCAGUAGGAGCCAAACAGUGCAGGUUUGUAGAUUUAUUUCUCACUGAAGCAACGCAUGUAGAUCCAGUGGUUCUUUAAACUUCUUUUGUUUUUAGGUCAGGGAGGAAGGGUUGUUGUGAUGUGGGGUGCAGCUCCGAUGUUCAAUAUAGUAUAUUUAUGUAAAAAGCUUCUAGAUACUGUUAGAUAUCUUAAAUUUCACAGUCAAAACGUCGUAGAAAAGUGAUUCGAAAAAAAAAAAAGUGAUCAGUCACGGGAGGAAGCAUUCACAUCUUUCCCUCACAAUUUUCUCCAUUUUUAUUUCAUUUGAGUCUUUAGUGUUAUUGCAGCUCCUUGUUUUUACUUUGUUAACAAAAACAAAAUAGUGUGAAUUUGUAUAGCAUUCUUUCAGUUCCAGCUUGUUUGACCUAAAAUUUACUGUAAGCACAAAUAAUGCCAAUAUCUUAGUUUGCUUUUUCCCCACUUGGAGGUUCUUCUGACCUCUACUGAUUCCAAAAUCCAAAAUCUGUUGAGCUUAAACUUGAGUUUUCAGAUCCUGACUGUAGUUCUUGUCCUGAAAAACUGAACGUGGUCCACCAUGCUCUGCGGUUUGGACAUGAAUAUGAGAUGUAAGCGUUUUGCCUUAAAGGUGAAAACAAGUUCCUGUUGUUGUUUUUAUGCGACUCAUCCACUCCAGUAUGUGUCCUCAUUCGAAUGAAGGAUCACUGUAAAGUAGGACCAUGUCAGAAUGGACAAAGUGCAGCUAUCUGAUAGAAAUCCUGUAACUUCAUUGGUUUUUUUUAGCAUUUCCUCUGAAUCAAAUGUUGUGCCAAGCUUUUCCUGUGUGCAGACACAAGGUUGGCUCCAGCACAAACAUCGCUCAAAAUUCAAGUCCGCUUUGCUUUCUUUUUUUAUAUUAAACUCAUCAUAAUCGCGAGAACUUCUGCUUGUACACAUUUUAGAGAAACAAUCGCUAAUGAGGUAGCAUGUUUGAAGGCUCUACAAAUACUGUGAGAAGUUUGGGAUUACACAUACGGUUCUUUGACCAUAACAACUACCCUACCUCGCAGAAAAAACAAAACAAAAACAGACCAAUAUGUAUUCUCCAUCCGACUUGUCGGUUUAACCGGCGGCGUUUUCCAUCCACUUACCUCAUCCGGUCGGCUUUUAAGUUUCCAAAAUCAGGACCAAUGAAAUGCUUUUUUUGUUUGCUUUCAGUUCAUCUAUUCAGUCUUGAGUACGUCAGAAAUGUUUGAGUUACACAAGUAAACAGUCAGAGACUGAGUUGUUUAUGAAGUAAUUAUUAAAGACAAUAGAACAAUUCUAAAAAAGAAAGCCCCCCUUUGUGUCAAUUCCUAUUAAUUUGAUUUAAAGGCAUCACAGCAACAGGGUUUUGAAGCUGAAUGUGUAAAAUGUUAGGAAGAUGAAAUGUACUGUGAAUUAGUUUUCCCCCAUUUUUUUGUUUAUCAUGGAACAUUUCCCCCCUAAUAAAUCUGUAUUUACACUA